AUGGCACCGUUAGAAAGAGAUCCACCCAAAUUCUUAUUUGAUCAUAUAACAGACAUAAACGAAGACUUCUUGACGGACGACGAAGAAGAGUUAUUUCCAGAACGCCUUAUAUACAACGACAUAGACACAAGAGAUAGAGACACGGACGAAGAGAUUGACAUAAACACCGACGAGUUAAAUAACUAUAUACCUGAAAUAGUAUUGGAAGUCAUUAGACAAUGGAGUACAUACUUUAAUAGUGCUGUUCCGCCACUUGUCAACAACCAUGACAGAAAGACAGAGGACAGCGAUGACGAGUCAAUUGAGACAGACGAAACCGACGACAGAGAGACAGAAGACAACGAUGACGAGUCAAUUGAGACAGACGAAACCGACGAUAGAGAGACAGAGGACAACGAUGACACAGAGACAGAGGACAGCGAUGACAAAGAGACAGAGGACAACGAUGACACAGAGUCAGAGGACAACGAUGACGAAUCAAUUGAGACAGACGAAACCGACGACAGAGAGACAGAAGACAACGAUGACAAGUCAAUUGAGACAGAUGAAACCGACGACAGAGAGACAGAGGACAACGAUGACGAGUCAAUUGAGACAGACGAAACCGACAAAAUCCACGACGACGACGACAUAUUCCCGGAACUUCAUGCCCACAUACAGCUUCGAUGCAAGGCUUGCAUAUUUCAAGUAGGAUUUUUGAACCGUAGACUCGCAGACUUUCUAAUUGCAUUGGUCGGUAGACAAACGAUGACUAGCCUGGAUAUUCCCUCGGGAACUGCUAUAUCGGUUUAA